CUCUCUCUCUCUCUCCAGUGUGCAGCAGCGCGCUGGUGAAUCCGCUUUUUGGCUUCGGAGCUCCAAGCGAGAGAGAAGCCAGCACUGAGUUUCUACACUGAGGAGACAUUACAAAAGGACAUAAAGGAGGAGGACCAGGAAGACUGACGCAGAUAAAGAAGAGAGGAUAACUCAGGACGCAGGAGAAGACUGAAAGGGAGACUGUAGUGAUGGCCGAGGCACCUCAGCAGCAGCAGGAGCAGCAGCAGCAGCAGGAGGAGGAGGAGGAGGAGGAGGGGGGGGAGCAGCCGAGCACUGUGGAGGCGACGGAGACCGAUGAAGGGUCCGAAGAACCGAAGGAGAGCGUCCAGACGACCCCGACCCCGACCCGACCUAUGCUGUCUAUGAGGUCCAUGAGCGCUGUGGACCCAGACGACGACUCCCCCAACAUGAUCAUCUACAGAAAGAUUGAAGACAUUAUCACUCUCAUCCAGGAUGAGACGGAGGGUGUGCCCAUCAGAACCGUCAAAAGUUUCAUGACCAAAAUCCCCAGUGUCGUUACAGGUACAGAUAUUGUACAAUGGCUGAUGAAGAACCUGGUUAUGGAGGAUCCAGCUGAGGCCAUGCACAUCGGGAGUCUCAUCGCAGCUCAGGGGUACUUCUUCCCCAUCUCAGACCACGUCCUCUCACUCAAAGACGACGGCACUUUCUACCGCUUUCAGGCACCGUAUUUCUGGCCGUCCAACUGUUGGGAGCCUGAGAACACAGACUAUGCUAUUUAUCUGUGCAAGCGGACCAUGCAGAACAAGACCAGGCUGGAGCUGGCAGAUUAUGAAGCGGAGAACCUAGCCAGGCUGCAGAGAGCCUUUGCCAGGAAGUGGGAGUUUAUCUACAUGCAGGCUGAGGCCCAGGUCAAGAUCGACAGGAAAAAGGAUAAAACCGAGAGGAAGAUCCUUGACAGCCAGGAGAGAGCCUUCUGGGACGUCCACAGACCCGUGCCUGGAUGUGUUAACACGACAGAGAUGGACAUCAGGAAAUGCAGACGCAUGAAGAACCCCCACAGAGUUAAGAAGUCCGUGUAUGGUUUGGUGGAGGAGGGAACACAGUCUCAGAGUCCCAUACAUACUCCCUCGCACCACUGCAGGAAAGGCACCAAGGAGGAUGUGGAGAAAGAGAUCUUAUUCCUGAACACGCAGGUGGAUCGUCACCGUAUGAAGAUGUCUAAAGUAGCUGAAAGUCUGAUAAGCUACACUGAGCAGUACAUGGACUAUGACCAGUUUGCGACGGCGCAGGAACCGUCCAACCCCUGGAUCAGCGACGACCCCUCCCUCUGGGACCUGGAGGCCAGUAAGGAGCCCAGUCAGCAGCGGGUGAAGAAGUGGGGUUUCUCUCUGCAGGAGGCCCUGAAGGACCCUGCAGGACAGGAACUCUUCCUCAAGUUCCUGGAGUCGGAGUUCAGCUCAGAAAACCUGCGGUUCUGGUUGGCGGUGCAGGACAUGAAGAGGAGGCCCCAGCAGGAGGUGGGGCAGAGGGCGCAGGACAUCUGGGCAGAGUUCCUGGCGGAGGGAGCACCCAGCUCCAUCAACCUGGACUCGCACAGCUACGAACGCACGAGCCAGAACCUGAAGGACGCCGGACGGUACAGCUACGAGGACGCACAGGACCACAUCUACAAGCUGAUGAAAAGUGACAGCUACACACGCUUCCUGCGCUCCAACGUGUACCAGGACCUGCUGACGGCGAGGAAGAAACCUGAAACGGAGCAGGGGCGACGCACCUCCCUGGAGAAGUUCACUCGCAGUGUGGGCAAGUCACUGACGGGGAAACGACUGACGGGCCUCAUGCAGUCGUCCUGACGAGGCUUGGAUGAAGAGUAGGAGGAACCAUACGCAGAAGAGCUGCUUACCCGCGGGGAGCAGGUUGAAAAGGACCCUGGGGUGUUUGGGUGUGGCAGGCGGGGUGAGGACGCCGGACUGGACCGCCACCGUGUUUUGAAACUCACCUCAGAUCAGUUCAAGCGGGACUGACAGCAUGCAAUAAGUCACCAGACCUGACACCAGGACAGUGCUGUCACAGUGCGGAGGAUAAACGAUGCUACUCUUCUCAAGAGGUCUCCACUCCUGCACGCCAGGCGUCGUCGUUUCUCUCGUCGUUUUUCUGUCCAGUCAUGUUAAUAAGGUGAAGAGGCUGUCGCUUUACUUUCAGUGGUAUAAACAUGGAAUGCUUGAAUGCAAAUGAGACUUAGAUUAAUGCUGUUAGCUAGCUGUUUUAUCUCACGUCAGUCACUAGGAUGAUAUAAGGGAAAGAAAGAGGGACAAACACGAGCUCGUGGAUCAAUCUGCUGAUGUGGGAUGACACACGAUUAGUAACCUCUGCGUGUCCAAUAGUGGUUUAGUUGUGCGUUUAAAAGUAAAACUACAGAUGGCAACAUGUAACCACGUCGCUCCUGGAAAGGAGGGUGACAGGAAAUGAUUGGAUUUUAAAUCGUGUCACAAUACUGGCAACAAAACCAUCUGUUCUAUAUCUAUUUCUUAGAUUAUCACUGCUAAUGUAACUGUCUAUUCCCCCCCCCCAAAGACUCUUAAACAGAUGUGUGAUCUUGUUUUCAUAAGAAGGUAAGUGCAGGUUGAUCAUUUUACAAAAACAAGUGUAACUUUAAACAAGCGAGCUGAUGUGACGUUAGGCUUUAAUCUUCUGAACAUUCCACUUCAGGCGCCACAGCGAGGUUUCAGUGGGCUGACCUGUAACCAUUCUUCACCGUAUGUAAAGAGGACCAUGAUGAUGAUAAUAAAAGAGGA